AGCAUGACCCCAUACGAGGGAGGGAAGAGAUUAAUAUAUAUAUUUAUUAAUAAUCUCUUCAACAAACCCGACCUUUCCUUUUAAUGAAACGAAAAGGUCAGACUCAAAUUUGCAGACAAAUCUUUCUCCAUUAAAAGGGUAGUUUGUUCUUGACUUGACCUUCCUUCUCCCUAUUUUCAAAUCUUUAAAAACUGUACCUGUCUUAAAGCGUUUUUAAGGUGCCUCAACAUUUAAUUUUGGUUGUCUUUGAAACCGUUUUUGGUCGGUUCUUUCAAGUUUUAAGACAGUUUGAUUAUCUGGGAAGUAGUUUCUAGACUUGGGUAUUUUUUCCUUUUCCUUUUGAUAUAAAAUUUCCUGUCACUGAAUUUGGUCUGUUUUGGGAAAUUUGGAGGGAUUUCAAAUCCAUCAUCAAGCAGCCAUCUGUCAGUGAGGUUUUUGCUUUUCUUUUCUCUUGUUGGCAGUUUUAAUGGUGAAGAAAGAUUAAGGUGGUUGCAUUGGUAGUUGGGAUUUUUUCAGGUUUGGCUUCACGAGGAAAUUUUGGGAGGGGUUUUUCACAAGAAAGUGUGAAGGGGAAAGUUCUGUUUCUGAUUACUCUUUAACUGCUGCACCGAUUGUUAUAAAGACAGGGAGAGAUCUAUCAGUGUUUGCAUCUUUUGUUUCCUCUUCUUACAUUGCCUUACUGUGUUUUCACCAUGAAUAAUUCUGGGUUAGCUGUUGAAGUCUCAAAGGAUAGAAAUGGAGCUGAUCAGAUUCUUCUUCGGAAUCCUCGCGGGGCAUCUGCAAAGGUUGGCUUGCAUGGAGGACAGGUUCUUUCAUGGAGGACUGACCGAGGUGAAGAAUUGCUGUUCACAAGCAGCAAGGCAAUUUUCAAGCCACCAUAUGCUGUUCGAGGAGGGAUACCUAUAUGUUUCCCACAGUUUGGUCAGCGAGGAUCGCUCGAGCAACACGGAUUUGCCCGGAACAGGACUUGGAUCAUUGAUGAGAAUCCGCCACCAUUGCAUCCAAAUGAUGCCUGUGGCAAGGCCUAUAUCGAUUUACUGCUAAAGCCAUCGGAAGAUGAUUUGAAGAUCUGGCCACACAGUUUUGAGUUUCGUCUUCGGGUAAAUUUGACUGCGGAUGGAAAUCUUAGCUUGAUAUCACGUAUCCGGAAUAUCAAUUGCAAGCCUUUCAGUUUCUCAAUUGCUUAUCACACAUAUUUCUCCAUAUCUGAUAUCAGUGAAGUGAGAGUAGAGGGAUUGGAGACUCUUGACUAUCUUGACAACCUAUACCAAAGGGAGCGCUUCACCGAACAAGGAGACGCCCUAACAUUUGAGUCCGAGGUGGACAGAGUUUAUCUCGGCUCAAGAGAUGCCAUUGCAAUAUUCGACCACGAAAGAAAACGGACCUUUUUCAUAAAGAAAGAAGGCCUUCCAGAUGUUGGUGUUUGGAAUCCAUGGGAGAAGAAAUCUAAAGCCAUGGUUGAUUUUGGGGAUGAGGAAUACAAACAGAUGCUUUGUGUGAAUGGGGCAGCAGUUGAAAAACCAAUAACAUUGAAGCCAGGUGAGGAAUGGACUGGCCGUCUGGAGCUUUCGGUUGUCCCUUCAAGUUAAGGACAGCAAAUAAUACAAAAUAAAACCCCCUUAGUUCAACCAUUGAAUCUGUUUAUUUUGUAUUCAAUUAUUUAUGAUACUAAGGUAAAUAAUAAGAGAUUUGAUCACUGUCUGUGCCCCCCUAGUGAUCGUGGAACUGUAAAUUCCUGUAAGUUGGAGAUAUGUUUUAGUGUUUCUCCAUAAUAGCAGUGGCAUUAGUUGUUUUUUUAAACUACUAAACAUGUGUUAACGGUCAAUGUUGCAAAAAGAAAUGAUAAGAAAUAGAUUUGUUUA